AUGGCCAGAACGCACGGCCCGGUCAUGCUCCUGCGCUUUGGCCGCGUGCCCAUCGUGGUGGCCUCCUCGGCGGCCGCGGCGCAGGAGGCCAUGAAGGCCCGAGACGUGGCCUUCGCGAGCCGAUACCGCGGACCGAUGGCCGAGCGCCUUCUCUACGACGGCCGUGACAUGGCCUUCGCUCCCUACGGCGAGCACUGGCGCCAGGCGCGCCGCGUCUGCGUGCUCCACCUUCUUAGCCAGCGUUGCGUGCUCUCCUUCCGACGCGUUCGGGAGCAGGAGACCGCCGCCCUGCUCGACCGCGUCCGCGGCGCCGGCGACGCCGUGAACCUGAGCCAUCUCCUCGUCGCCUACUCCAGCGCCGUCCUCCUGCGGGCCGCGUUCGGCAACGACUCCAGCUAUGGGCUCGACGGAGAAGGGAAGAUUCUUAGGAAGCUGUUGGUCGACUUCGGGGAGCUGCUGGGCUGGGGCACGCUCGGCGAGGUCGUGCCGUGGCUGGCGUGGGUGGACUCGAUGAGAGGGGUGCAUGCCAAGGCAACACGGACGUUUGAUGCGCUGGAUGGCUUCCUCGAGCGGCGCAUCGCAGACCACCGUAAGCGCCGCCGUGGAGGCCAGCGGGAGGGGGACGGCGGCGCCGACGACGACGACAGUCGCCGCAGUUUCGUGAGCGUGCUGUUGGAUGUGGAGGAGGAGGAAGAGACGGGAGAAGUCCUGUUUGACACGGUAGCCAUCAAGGCCAUUAUCCUGAAUAUGUUCGUAGGCGGCUCGGAUUCGACGGCCUCCAUUGUGGAAUGGACAAUGGCAGAGCUCAUCAACCAUCCAAACGAGAUGCACAAGCUCCAAGAUGAGAUACGCACGGCCAUCCAUGGCGGCGCUGACAACAAAGUUACCGAGGAUCACCUCGGUAAGUUGCGCCACCUCAGGGCGGUGCUUAAGGAGACGCUCCGUCUGCACAUACCGGCGCCUCUUGUGCAACGGGAGUCGGUUGAGGACACCGAGCUGCUCGGCUACCAUGUCCCAGCGGGCACCCGCGUCCUCUUCAAUGUCGGGGCCAUUGCACUGGACCCCGCCACAUGGGAGCGCGCCGAGGAGUUCCUACCGGAGCGGUGGUUUGGGGACGACGACGGGGCCGCGGUGGUGGAUCAUUACGCACCCGCGGCAGCGGCGGCGGCGGGGCACGACUUCACGUUCUUGCCAUUCGGUGGUGGGCGGAGAGGGUGCCCUGGGGCCGGGUUUGCAAUGGUGAGCGUCGAGCUAGUGCUGGCGAGCCUGCUGUACCACUUCGACUGGGAGCUGCCGGCCGGUGUCCCUUCGACGGUCGACAUGGACGAGCUGAGUGGAUUGGCCGUGCGGUUGAAGAAGCCUCUGCGUUUAGUCGCUAAGCCAUGGUCUCCUUAG